GAGAAAUUCGGUUGCACCGAGUUCGUGAAUCCGGAGGACCAUGCAGGCCGUCCCAUUCAAGAGGUUCUGGCCGAAAUGACGGACGGAGGAGUGGACUUCUCCUUUGAAUGCGUUGGAAAUGUUCAGGCCAUGGCAAGUCUUCAUCGCGAGGCGAAUCCCGCCUUUAAACGGGCAGCCCUGGAUUGCGUGCAGAAAGGUUGGGGCGUGGCGACCAUCAUCGGAGGCGCAGGGAAGGGGGUGGAGCUCGCCUUCCCUCCUAUCCAACUCCUCUUCGGACGCAAGCUCAGAGGAGCCAUCUUCGGAGGUUACAAAAGAGAUGAUCUACCGGAGCUGGUGGAGGAAUACCUGAGAGGGGAACUCAUGGUGGACGAAUUUGUCACUCAAGAACUCAAGCUGGAGGAAAUCAACAAGGCCUUCGAUUCCCUCCGUGACGGCAUCGGGUAA